AUGCACGAGAAUGGGAACGGAAAUGGAGGUGGAGGGAAGAUCUCCUUCUACGCGCCGGGCAGCUUCCCGGGCUCCAAGCCCUCCGUGCCCCCCAUCUUCCAGUGCCUCAAAAGGCCCAAGGAGGCCAUGGAGAUCGACACUCAGCUCCGGGAUGCUGCUAGUUCCAAGGAGCUGUGGCGACUUAUUUCCGCUAGCGCCAGCCGCUUCGACGUGGGCAACGUGGUUGUAGCCUUCACCUGCGCUGCCAAGGUGGAUGAAGGGGAGGUGGCAUUGGGCUUCGGGCUGCUGGCCUUGGUGGAGCGAUUGAUGGCGGCCUUGGACCAAUUAGAGCCCCGGGGCUUGUCCAUGACCGCCUACUCGGCCGCCAAGUUGGGCUUCGGCGACCCCAGGCUGCUGACGCAGCUGGCGCUGCAGAGCUGCCGCAAGGCGAAAUCCUUCGGCGCCACGGACGUGGCCAAAGCGACCUGGGCCUUCGCCAAGCUGCGCUUCGUGGAAGAGGAGCCGGCUCAGCAGUUCUGGCGAGCCAUGGCGGCGCCGGCGCUGGCGACGCUGAAAGGCGGGGCGCGCUUCGUGGACGUGUCGAUGACGGCGUGGGCCUUCGCCAGCAGCGGCUGGGCCAGCGACGAGCUCAUGGCCGAGGUAGCCUCCGAGACACGGCGGGCGUUGCCGGAGCUUCCGCCCAGGAGUUUGGCAGGCAUCGCCUGGGCCCUGGCGCGCGCCGACUUCCGCGACGCCGAGCUCUUCCGCGCCAUGGCGCGCCGCGCCGCGGCGCAGCUCGCGGAGUUCUCGGCGCACGACGCCGCCUCCUUCUGCUGGGCGUUCAGCGUGGCGGAGAUGGCGGAAGAGCAGCGUCAGCUCUUCGAAGAGUUGGCGGGGCAGCUGGACCAGCGGGGCGCCCUGCGUCGGCUCAGCUGCCCCUUGGCCGCCGAGCUCGCCUGGGCCUUGGCUGCGGCCAAGGUGGAGGCUCCUGGAGCCUUCGCAACCCUGGAAGAGCUCUGCGUGUCGAACAUCGAGAUGCUGGAGACGGAGGACGUGUGCGGCUUCGCCUGGGCCUUCGCGUCCAAAACCGCACGCCCCUCCACCUGGCGGAAGCUGGCGGAGUAUGCGGAGAGGCAGAAGAAGGGCUGGGGGAAGGCUUCCUUUUUUCGGAGGCUUAUGGCUGCCAACUGGGAGCUCGGGGAUCUGAACCGAGAGGGUGGAUUGCCCGGCAUGGACCGCCGCAACUAUCUCGUGGCAGCCUGCCAAAUCGACCCCGAGGCCCGUGACGCGUAUCACGCAAACCUUCCGGAAGUGGUGUCGGAGAGCCUCGUUGACCUGGCCAUGGCAUGUACUGCGGAGGCGUGCGGCAUGUUGGACAAACCGCUGUUGCGCGCGGGCUAA